UCAUCCAGUUCCCAACCCUGACACCCCGACGCAAGUUCUAAAUCGGGUCGCAGCCAUGGCCGCGAGCGCUCUUCCAUCCAAGCUUUCUGAGCGGAUCUUCACCCAUGCGAUGGAGGACGCCCGGAUCAUGCCGCAUCUUCUCGUGAAGGGGCUUUAACCGCUGGCACCGCAAGGGACUAAGAUUGCCCCGUUGGUACUAGAGAGCUUCACCUUUGGUUUACUAUCUAAAGUUGUUGGGGGUGCGCCUUAGGAGGCCUAAGGCUAGUGACCUCCUUGUGUAUAAAAGAGGCCUGAAAUGGAGUCUAAGGGCUUGUUUGUGAAGCUUAGGGACUUAGUUGUAACAUCCAAGGGUCUUUUUGUAAGGUCCAGGUACCUAUUUGUAAUAUUCAACUCCACCAAUGGAAUUAAUAUAAAUAGUCAUCUCCUCCUCCCUAUAAAUAGAGCCUUAGAGCUUGGAGGAGAGAACUUUUGGCUAUUUGUUCAUUUGAUUCACUUGUUCAAUUGGCUUGCUUUCUCCCUUCUCCCUCUCUCCAUUAUUUGUUCGGGAUUCCCAAUCCCAACAAAAGCCAAAAGUGUACUGCACAAUGAGGCUGGCUAUAGCCUCUGCUCAUCCUUCAAGGCAAAGUCUGGUCCCAGCUUGAUUCAUGGAAGAAGAAACUUCAGCUCAGGCCCUCCUGGCACUAAAAACAUUCCCAAGAUGGACUCAGGCACCAAGGUAACCAGUGAACUGGGAACUGGAAAGAGAUCUUGUGUGGAAGGAGACUCUGAUAGCUCAAAGUCCCGUUUAAAGGAGAUAGCAGACAUCAUCGGGGUCUGUGGAUUGAUAUUUCACACUUACAACUGUGUGAUGACUUUCUAUUACGCAGUGCAGAUACACCGUAGUAUAAAGGCCUUGGACAAAGUAGAGUGACUAAGUUUGUUUAUUGGGGCAUUUAACUUGCAAAUCCCCAAUGCCCCCUAGUUUAUCUCAUGGUUUGUAAAUUGUAGUAGAAGAGGGCAGUUUGUCCUUUGCAGAUGUAGCACAAGCCCCCUGUAUGCCACUGAGCUUGUGAAACCCCUAGUACAAUCAAUGUACAGAGUCUUUGUCAGCUAUACAAAUAUACAAAAGUACGGCG